AAAUACGUCUAUUUUGCAUUAUAAAAAAUUGAUCUGUGCCAAACAUUCUUUGUGCAAACAGAUUUGAUAAAAAUAAAAAAAAUAAAAACUGUGUAUAGACAGCAAAAAGGGGUUUUUUACUUUCACUCACACGUUAUUUUGAAAAAAAUAAUAGAGGAAGAACAGAGGCUACUUUUUAAAUGUAUGAAACAUUAUGCAGGUCUCGACAUGGCGGGAAUUUCUUGACUGAUUUUUAGAAAAUCGCGGCCAUAAAUUUCUCGACAAGUCUGCUGCGAACACUUUCAAGGCGUCCAAACUGAGAGUCAUGGCGGCCACACUUCUGACCGAAGGAUUUAUCGAUCAAUUGAAUCAGCAUAUCGUGGGCCUGGAAGCUCAAUUCGCACAAUUAGCGCAAGAGCAGCAGGCAUUGGGCAAAACGAUUACAGACACUCGCUCAGCAUCCUUGACUGAAGCGGAAGUCACCGAAUUACGUCUAAUGAUGAACAAGGUGUCGUUAUACCAUACGAAACUGCUGUCGCUUCACUCGACUAUGAGCAUGCUAGGGGCACGUUCGAAACAACUGCAGAAUCGAGCGGCGAAACUAAAGGAAUCAAAACUUCAGUAUUUGGCACAAGUGGACGAUAUCCGACGGUUAGAGCAAGCGCGUGAUCAAGCGAUUGCUGCUAGAGUGAUUACGCCCAUACCAUCUUCUGCCCCUAUCGAACGUAGCUCAAGUGUGGCUAGUCAACUUUCUGUAGCUGGAUCAGAUCGUGCAAGCAGCAGUCCAACAGCACCAAGUCCCGCUUCAUCUUCACUUUCGAUAUCCUCAUCCACCGUCGCGUCACCAGAGCCAAUCAUUGCCAUGGCAAAGAAAAUCAAGCGCAAGAAACCCAAAGUUCGAGAAGUCGUUCUUGACGACAGUUCUUCGCCAAGCUGGCUACCCAAACGUUCCCAAAUUGAUUUGCAAAACACGCCCAAAAACAUUCCAUCAUGAAAGAGGGACAUGAUCAUUCCCAUGCAUAUAUUCGCUCCCACCAGUUUCCCCGUACCCUUCAUUAUCAACAUUGUAUACUCGAGAUAAACAACUAUGUAUCCUAUCAUCAUGUGAUUUUAUUUUCACACUACACUCACUUUUAUGCUGUGGGAACCAAAUACUGUUUUGUUGUUGAAAUAUGAUGGUGGAUGAAGUUCUUUUUUUGAAUCGGGCAUCAUCACGAUGAUUUUCGUGAGCUGGCCAUAUCGGUG